GACGGUGAGAGGGUUCGAAGAUGGCGGCGCGCAAGGGUUCGCGACGCACGUGUGAAACUGGGGAACCCAUGGAGGCAGAUUUCGGCGGCGACAGGUCUAAAGGCCCGUCCCAGGUCUAUCUGCCUGGCCGGGGACCGCCGCUGCGCGAGGGGGAAGAGCUGGUCAUGGACGAAGAGGCCUACGUGUUGUACCACCGAGCUCAGACCGGCGCCCCCUGUCUUAGCUUCGACAUAGUCCGGGAUCACCUGGGAGACAACCGGACAGAGCUUCCUCUUUCACUUUACCUCUGUGCUGGAACCCAGGCGGAGAGCGCCCAGAGCAACAGACUGAUGGUCCUGCAGAUGCACAAUCUGCAUGGGACGAAGCCCCCAGCCUCAGAAGGCAGCGAUGAAGAGGAGGAGGAAGAUGAAGAGGAUGAAGAAGAGAGGAAGCCUCAGCUGGAGCUGGCCAUGGUGCCCCACUAUGGCGGCAUCAACCGAGUUCGGGUGUCGUGGCUAGGUGAAGAACCUGUGGCUGGAGUGUGGUCAGAGAAGGGCCAGGUGGAGGUGUUUGCACUGCGGCGCCUGCUGCAGGCGGUGGACGACCCACAGGCCCUGGCGACCUUCCUCCGGGAGGAGCAGGCCCGCGUGAAGCCCAUCUUUACCUUCGCCGGCCACAUGGGCGAGGGCUUUGCGCUCGACUGGUCCCCCCGGGUGCCCGGCCGCCUGCUGACAGGCGACUGCCAGAAGAACAUCCACCUCUGGACACCCACGGAUGGCGGCUCCUGGCACGUGGACCAGCGGCCUUUUAUGGGCCACACACGUUCCGUGGAGGAUCUGCAGUGGUCACCGAAUGAGGACACGGUAUUUGCCUCCUGCUCAGCUGAUGCUUCCAUUCGCAUCUGGGACAUCCGGGCAGUCCCUAGCAAGGCCUGCAUGCUCACCACAACCACUGCCCAUGAGGGGGAUGUCAACGUCAUCAGCUGGAGCCGCCGGGAGCCCUUCCUGCUUAGUGGUGGGGAUGAUGGGGCCCUCAAGGUCUGGGACCUGCGGCAGUUCAAGUCUGGCUCUCCGGUGGCCACCUUCAAGCAGCACAUGGCCCCCGUCACCUCUGUCGAGUGGCACCCCCAGGAUGGCGGAGUCUUUGCAGCCUCGGGGGCAGACAACCAGAUCACACAGUGGGACCUGGCUGUGGAGCGGGACCUGGAGGCCGGCGAGGCGGAGACAGACCCUGGGCUGGCAGACCUCCCGCAGCAACUGCUGUUCGUGCACCAGGGCGAGACAGACCUCAAGGAGCUGCACUGGCACCCACAGUGCCCUGGUGUCCUGGUCAGCACCGCCCUGUCAGGCUUCACCAUCUUCCGCACCAUCAGCGUCUGAGGCUGCGAUGCCGCCGCCCUUCUGCCUUCCACUCGGGCACUGCAGCUGGUCUGACCAGCUUUGGGGGAAUCCAUUCAGGUCUGUAGACCCCCGCCACACCCCAAAAAGGACUGCGUUUGGCCCAUUGGCCACCACAAUGGAUUCUAUGUGACUUAUUGUUCCCUAAAAGGACUUGGUUUGACCCAUUGCUUUCUAAAACUACUUGGUUUGGUCCAAUGACCCAUGUCACCAAAGGACUUGGUUUGAGCCAUGGCACUCUUAAACUGCCCGGUUCAGCCCAGUGACACCCUCCCACCCAAGAACUUGGUUUGGCUCAGUGAGCCCUACCUGUCAGAGGACUUGACUGGCUGGGUUUCCCAGGUGGGUGUUUUGUGAUGGUCAGCUGUGAUGCCUGGCUGGACCCUUUGAUCUCUCUGCCCAGGACCCUAUUUUGACCUCUGGCCUCUCCAGGGGACUUGAUAGCUUUACAGUGGCCCCACCAAGUUUGAGGUGCGGGUCCUCGGCAGAAUUUGGCUUUGCCCCUGGACUGCGGCAGCUUGGUUUCCCAGUGAGGGGCCACUUUCCUCCCUGACGAAGGAAGGCAGGUGCUGUGGGGUAGAGGCGAGGGGCUCCCAAGGGCCAAUAAAGGACCUGAA